AUAAGAGGAAACCAUAGCCGACCUUGCGGAUCCAUCCCCUCGGCCGUAGGCGCCGCCGUCCCCUGCGGCAACCCCCUCCCCGCUCCCCCGCCGCCCACCACCACUCUACCCCGUGCCGUCCCCUGCGGCAGCCUCCCUACCCAACCUGCCGUCUUCCGCCGGCCACCCACCACUCUCCUCCGCUGCCAUCCCCUGUGAGUCUGUGACAACCGCGACCCCCGGCCCUGCCGUCCGCCGCCGGCCACCACCUAUGCAGCCUGGGUAAUUAUGCCUGGCUGCGUUCCGGGGGAAAUAAUCUCGCGGGAGACGGAGGCGGGAGAAGAUUUGAUUUCCUUGUGUGAUCAGGGAAGAGAGAAGGCCGAUUUCGGAUUGUGCGGCGAGGGCAGUCCAAAAGGAGUGAUUUUUAUUCGGAGUCUGUCUGUUGAGAAGCUGUAAAUCCGGAUCCUCCUCCCUCUCCUGUGAAUAAUCUCCUCCCUUUUGGAGGAGACCCGGCCGAGUCGGAGGAGGGGCCGCCUAUAUCGAUCUUAUAAAUUGGCGUCCCCGAUUUGUUUUUCGCCGGCGAUUAGUCUGCUUUGUUGCGGCGGUCUAAGUAAACAGAGGAGUAGGAGUGAGGAUUAAUUUUGUUGUCGCAGAUCCAAUAAGGUAGAUAUCUUAAGGCCAUUUGUUGAUCCGAUCAGCCAUGAAGAACAAAAGUGGUGGUCACAGACGCAAUAAAUCAGCUCGCAAUGAAGCCGCUGCUGGCAACAAGAAUGGUCGUCGCAGGCGGAAUCUAAAUGCAAUGCAGAAAUCAGCUCGCAAUGGAGCCGCUGCUGGCAAUGGAGACAGGCUUAGCAAUCUGCCCAAUGACCUCCUGCUCAACAUUCUGGAGAGGGUGGACACACUUGAUGCUAUAAGGACCUGCAUCCUCUCCAAGCAAAUGCUGAAUCUCCCCACCAUGUUCUCGCAGUUCUUCUUAAGUGCUGGUUCCGUUCCAGGUCACCAUGAUAAAGCUCGUGUUUUCAGCCGCGGUGAAGUUCUCCGAACCAACAAUGCUGUGGCUCGUGUAACGGAUAGCAUCUUGUGCACAAGGAAUCCGAAGAUAGCCAUUACUAAACUCAAAAUCAGAUUCGUCUUGAUGCCACAUGUCUCUCUCACCAUUGGAAGAUCUGUUGCCCGCGCCAUGGCAACCCAGAAGGUUGGCGCAGCUGAGUUUGAGAUCAUAACGAAGAAGGCUUAUUCGGACUGCUCUUCUGCCGAUCUUGUCCAAUUUGCGAAUCAGUUAAAUAAUUUUGUUGGUGCUUUCCCAGAUGCAUUUGCUGGACUCAGGCGCCUGUGGCUGCGCAAUAUGAGGUUUGCUGAACUGGACAUUGCCAACAUUCUCAGCACUUGCAAACUCUUGGCGUCUUUGCGUUUAACUGAGUGCGACUCAGGGAUUGAUUCUGUGCUGCAAGUAGAACAUGCUCAGCUUGUUGAGAUUGAGGUAGACUAUGGGGAAUUUGCGAGAGUUGAGCUGACAUGUCUACCAAAACUCCAACGAGUGAGGUAUAAUAAUUGGUACUCUUAUGGAGAUCCCCUGUAUUUUGGUUUUGUACCACAGCUUUCAAAGCUAAGCCUCGCUAAAACUGGCGUCCGUUCGGAGAAGACUCUCGAGUUAAGUCAGCUCCUUGCUAAUGUUCCUAACAUAAGCAAUCUGCAUCUUGAUUUUGAAAGUGAAAAGAUCUGGGUUCUACCAGAAUGCCCGAAACUGCUCACGCCUGUGCUUAGCAAACUACAGCAUGUGAAUCUAGACAAUCUUCCUGAAGGAUGUGAUUUAGCUUGGACGAUGUUUAUUCUUGAAGCUGCACCCGCCCUAAAAGAGCUGUGUGUCGCAGUAAGGGAUCAUUGGUGCAUAAUGGUGACAGACGAAGAAGUUCGGAAGAAAAAUGGUUACUGCGAAAAGGCAGAUGUGAAUUGGAAGCCAUACGCACCUGAUUUCAAGCACAAGAAUCUGGUUAAGCUCACCAUCUAUGGCUUCCAACCCGAUGACAGUUUUAUGCGAUACAUCAGGUGUGUUGUGGAUCAUACGGUUAAUGUAACAGAGAUAUCUCUGUACGACAGGAAAGUGUGCGGGAGCUGUGGUGACUUGGAUCCUGAGAUCAAGGUCAAGGUUUGUCCAUCAAGAUAUCCACAGACAGCCGAAGAGAUGAAACAGAUAACUGAGGGGUUGGGUUUGGCUUCGCGUGCUGUGAUUCACUUCCGGUCCUAAGUGUAUAGGCAGUUCGUUCCAUAAUCACCUUUCCUGUAGUUACUCUGUACUCUCUUUCCAUUGAAUUGUCUAAAAUGUGGGAAUAUUUAUUAUGUUGUCACCCCAAACCAUUAUGGACAAGUUAAUGUGUUCGAAUUGCAAUCAUUUGUGCCCUGUGGUACCUUACUGAGGUUGAA